CUGCUCUCUCUGUUUCCCCCCUUCCGUCGCGCUUCCUCCCCAUCCGAACCGAACCGAACCGAACCAAACCCUACGCAGCGGCGAGCGCGGCAAUGGGGGCCGCCGACCUGGUGCUGAAGGCGUCCUGCGACGCUUGCGGCUCUCGGUCAGAGGUCUACGGCACGAGCUGCCGUCACGCCACCCUCUGCCGCUCCUGCGGCGCCGCCAGGGCGCGCUCCCGCGCGCGCUGCGCCGUCUGCGCCGCCCCCAUCAUCAACCUCAUACGGGAGUACACUGUUCGGGUCGAUACCGCCGCAGAGAAGGCCCUUUCGAUAGGCAGAUUCACCACAGGCUUGCCGCCUUUCUCGAAGGAGAGGAUUGCGGGGAACAAGUGGUCUCUUCGUAAGGAUGGCCUGCAAGGACGACAGCUUACUGCCAAUAUGCGGGAGAAAUACUACAAAAGAAAACCAUGGAUAUUGGAAGAUGAAACAGGUGAAUAUCAGUACCAAAGUCAACUUGAGGGAACACAAUCUGCAACUGCUACAUACUAUUUGUUGAUGAUGCACGGCAAUGAGUUACAUGCUGUUCCUGUUGGUUCCUGGUAUAACUACAGUAAAAUUGCACAGUACAAACAACUGACUUUGGAAGAAGCUGAAGAGAAGAUGAAUAGAAGGAGAAGCAACGCAACUGGGUAUGAACGAUGGAUGAUGAGGUGUGCAACACAUGGAGCUGCCGCCUUUGGUUCGGAUGUGAAGAAGCUUGAGGAUGUUGAUGGCGGGGCGACAAGUGGGGUCCAAUCCAAGAAAAGAAACAAGGAUGGUGAUGACAAUCACUGUGAUAAAGGCGAGGAGAACGAAGAAGAGGGAGUGGCAAGCAAAAAUGCAGAUGGGCUUGCGACAAAGGGCAUGGAGGAUGAGGAAGAAGGCGGAAAAGAAGACUUUGAUUUGGAUGGUGAAAUCGAGAUAGGUGAAGAUUGGGAGCAUGAAGAGUUCUUCACUGAUGAUGAUGAGGCUCUGGAUAUUGACCCGGAGGAAAGACCUGAUUUCACCGAAAACCCUGCUCCACCAGAAAUUAAGCAGGAUGAUAACGGGAAUGAACAAGGAGCUGGUGGCCUGAGCAAGGCCGGUAAGGAACUAAAAAAGCUGCUCCGCCGUGCCGCUGGACAAAGUGAGUCCGGUGACGACGAAGACACUGAAGAAGAUGAGUCGCCAUCGCCAGUACUUGCUCCAGAACUGAAAACUGAAUUCAAAAGUGAACCACAGGAAAACAACCCUGUCAAAUUGACAGCAGCAGGACUUGAUAUUAGCAUUCCACCUGCAUCCAGGCCCAAUAAAAAGAGGAGAACAAGGUGUGAUGAUGCAAAGAAGUGUAAUGGUGCAGCGCUCAAGAAGUCAAACAUAGAAUCUGAAACUAAAACAUUAGGUGUCAAGGAGGAGCCACCCUCUUCCUCGGAACCUAUUUCAAAAGAAUUUGCUUCAGCAAGUAGUACAAAUAUAUCUACAAUUACAGAGGAGGAAGUCAGGAGAUUACUUGCAAUUGGUCCUGUGGCAAUGGAAGAUUUUGUCUCCAGAUUUGAGCCAAGAUUUAGAACUCAAGAGGACAAGAAAUAUUUUUUUGACAUUGUGAGUAAAAUUUCUGUUGUGGAUAAGAGCAUGGGACGCAAAUAUAUUCACCUUCAGAAGGAGUACAAAUGAACUGACAAGUUAAAGCACUUGUAUAUGCCAUUAUACCCCUCUAGCAUUGCAUGGCAUACUUUGUCUCUGCUGUAGAGUUCGUCAGUCUAACUACUCCAUCCUUGUCAUUAUAUCCUUGGUUGUCUAUUCUUUUACGCCACCUUGUAAACGAAGAAUUUGUGCUGAUUGACUUGGCAUGGCCUUCAAAGCUAAAUUUUGACCAUUGAUAUCUCUUAUGAUAUGUGACUAGUAACUACAAAUUCGACGA